GCCGCCCUCGGUCACUCUGAGCGCCGGCAGGCGCUUCCUGUGAGUCAGUGUGAAACUAACAUCGCAGAACAGCGCUGGAAGACACGGCUAGUGGAGGUGUUGGCUGGGAAUAACACCUGCUCGAAAGCAAAACAAAAGAACUGGUGGGGUGUGCUGAACUCCCUGACCGAUUGUCAUUAAAUGUUUUAGCUUUCUGUGCAUCUGAGGAUGUGAUAUUUGGGAUGUCUAGGCGGACUGCUGCAAUAGAGAAGAGUACUUGGCUGUUACCCCAAGUGUGAGCAUAAAAUAUGAUUCUUUGCCUGCUGCACCAAAUUCCCUAAGAGCUUCUUUUGCAGUUUGUUCACGUGGUCUCAACUACAAUGCAGCAAGCUUUAGAACAGGCAUUGGAUCGUGCCGAGUAUAUCAUUGAAAGUGCCCGUCAGAGACCUCCCAAAAGAAAAUAUUUAUCCAGUGGAAGAAAAUCUGUGUUUCAAAAACUCUAUGAUUUAUAUACAGAAGAAUGUGAAAAGGAGCCCGAGAUAAAGAAGCUGAGGCGAAAUGUGAAUUUACUUGAGAAGCUGGUUAUGCAGGAGACAUUGUCAUGUCUGGUAGUGAACCUCUAUCCGGGAAAUGAGGGUUAUUCACUUAUGCUCAGGGGAAAAAAUGGUUCAGAUUCUGAGACCAUUCGUCUGCCUUAUGAGGAAGGAGAGCUGCUUGAAUAUUUGGAUGCAGAGGAACUACCCCCUAUUUUGGUUGAUCUUUUGGAAAAAUCUCAGGUUAAUAUUUUUCAUUGUGGAUGUGUCAUAGCAGAAAUACGUGACUACAGGCAGUCUGGUAACAUGAAAUCUCCAACAUACCAAAGCAAACACAUUCUUUUGCGUCCUACAAUGCAGACUUUAAUUUGUGAUGUGCAUUCUAUAACAAGUGACAACCACAAAUGGACACAGGAGGACAAACUCCUACUUGAGAGCCAACUUAUUUUGGCUACAGCAGAGCCUUUGUGUCUUGAUCCUUCAAUAGCAGUGACGUGUACUACAAACAGGCUCCUGUACAACAAGCAGAAGAUGAACACUCGCCCCAUGAAACGGUGCUUUAAAAGGUACUCAAGGUCCUCUCUGAACAGACAGCAGGAAGUAGCUCACAACUCAACUCCACCUCAGCUCAGACUUCUUGACUACUUACAGAAAAGGAAGGAGAGGAAAGCAACCCAGCAAUAUGACCUCAAAAUUUCUAAAGCUGGCAAUUGCGUAGAUAUGUGGAAACAGAACCCUUGCUACUUGACUGCACCUUCUGAAGUAGACGUGGAAAAAUAUGCCAAAGUGGAAAAGUCUAUCAAACCUGAUGACUCACAACCAACUGUCUGGCCAGCACAUGAAAUAAAAGAUGAUUAUGUAUUUGAAUGUGAAGUUGGUAAUCAGCUUCAAAAAACAAAGCUGACCAUUUUCCAGUCUCUUGGCAAUCCCUUGUACUAUGGUAAAAUUCAGACACUCAAAGGUGAUGAGGAAAAUGACAACCUAUUAACUCCAUCACAGUUCCUUAUUGGUUCGAAGACUGAUGCUGAAAGGGUGGUGAACCAGUAUCAGGAGUUAGUACAAAGUGAAGCUAAAUGUCCUGUGAAAAUAUUUCAUAACUCAAGUGGAUCAGUCAAUCUUAGUCAUCUUUCUCCAGGGAAGGAAAUGGAACAGCCAGAAAGCAUAUCAGGUUCUGUUCAGUCUUCAGUGCUGGGGAAAGGUGUAAAACACCGACCUCCUCCUAUCAAAUUACCUUCAAGUUCAGGAAGUAGUUCUUCAGGUAAUAUUUUUAGUUCACAACAGUCAAGUGGCCAUCUAAAAUCCCCAACUCCUCCUCCUCCUUCUAAGCCUCCAGGUCUUUCUCGGAAACAGUCUAUGGAUCUUAAUCAAGUUAGCAUGCUCUCUCCAGCUGCCAUGUCUCCUGCGAGCUCUUCACAAAGGUCUGGAACUCCUAAACCAUCUACUCCUACUCCAACCAACACCCCUUCAUCGACCCCACACCCUCCUGAUGCUCAGAGCUCAACUCCUAUUACCCCUUCUGCCACCCCUACUCCCCAAGAUUCAGGCUUCACCCCUCAGCCCACUUUGUUAACCCCAUUUGCUCAGCAGCAAAUGUCUCUGAGCCAGGCAUUGCCUGUAAUGACCAUUCCUCUUUCCACCAUGGUAACAUCCAUUACUACAGGAACAACCUCCACCCAGGUCAUGGCAAACCCUGCAGGACUUAACUUCAUCAAUGUAGUGGGCUCUGUGUGUGGAGCACAGUCCCUGAUGAGUGGUUCAAACCCUAUGCUGGGGUGCAACACUGGUGCCAUAGCCCCUGCAGGUAUAAAUCUGAGUGGCAUUUUACCAUCAGGAGGUCUGGUACCAAGUGCGCUGCCCGCUGCAAUGCAGUCUGCCUCUCAAGCAGGCAGCCCCUUUGGUUUGAAAAAUACAUCAAAUCUUCGGCCCUUAAAUCUUCUACAGGGGUCUGACCAAGGUCCAUCCAAUCAAGAUCAGGCAUUAUCUGCCCAACAAGCUGCUGUAAUUAACCUGACCGGAGUAGGGAAUUUUAUGCAACCUCAAGCCACAGUGUUGUCUCAGCUUGGCUCUGCCGUGAACAGACCUGGGCAAAGCCUUCCUCAGCAGAGACUCCAGCUCUCUUCUGCCUUGCAACAGCAGCAAACCUUGCAGCAGCAACAGAUACAAUUGCGAUUCUUGCAGCGUCAAAUGGCUAUGGCAGCGGCAGCAGCAGCACAAGCAGCUCACCUGCAUCAUCAACAGCAUUCAGGCAGCCACUCAAAAAGUAAAAGGAAAAGAGGCACACCAGCCCCUCCAAAAUCAUGAGACUUGCCUCCUCCCCAAAAAAUUGAUUCAAAGGGGAUUUUUUUCAGAUUAAUAAGGAGAAAGCCUAAAGUUAAAUCAGUGUUUUUUAUUACUGGUGGGAAAAUUAACUUUUGACAUUACACUAAAAGAAUGAACUGAUUUUGGAAGCCAGCCCUACAGAACCUAGAAAUUUCAUCUAUAAAGCAGCUAGGUCUGGUUUCCUUAAGUAAAUUUUUUAACAGAAUGUUUUAUCUUGUAUUUUUUACCACUUAACAGCAUUGUACAUAGAAUAAGGGUGAAAAACAUUUUA